AAAGAAAAACGGCUCGCCGAAGGCCGAAAGAAGACUGCUUGUAUACAGCGAACUAGGAGUCUACGCACGUCGAGAGAGCCAAGACGAGGUGAAGCGUUGAACGCACGCAAUAGGAAGCCUCUGUUUGUUUGCUCAGAAAUACAAGGGAAAGACAAGUUUAACUUGGCGACGCUUGCAAUGGCGGCGACCAAGACCCGAAUAAGCAGCUUCUCUCGCAAUAUAUCAGCUGUGUCUGCUCCUCAGUUGCCUGGAAUAAAGUGCGGUCCUAAUGGCACAUUCUUUGUUUCAUCUGGGAUACCUGACCUUGACAAGAUACUGGGUGGUGGGUUUCCUUUGGGAGGCUUAGUUAUGAUAAUGGAAGAUGCGGAAGCUCCUCAUCACAUGCUGUUACUGAGGAAUUUCAUGUCUCAAGGACUUGUUCAAAACCAACCUCUUCUUUAUGCCAGUCCAGCUAAAGACCCUAGAGGAUUUUUGGGUACUUUGCCUUGUCCCUCAUCUAAAGAUGAUAAAUCCCGUAAUCAUUAUACAGAACAGGAAAAGGGACUGAGAAUUGCUUGGCAGUAUAAAAAGUAUUUCAGUGAAAAUCAGCGAAAUAUUGAUGAUCAUAAAGAUAGUAAUCAAGAGUUUUGCAAUGAUUUUGACUUGCGGAAACCAUUGGAGAAGCAUUUUUACAGUGGGCAGCGUGUAGACUGUGUCAGCAUCAAAGAUUCUCCUAACCCGGCCACUCUUCAUGACCGUUGUGCCACAUUUUUAGCUCAAUUUCCAAGAAAUGAUGGAAGUUUUUCUUGCAUGGGUCGUAUUGCUAUUCAGUCAUUAUGUGCUCCACAAUGUGAACUUUCCAAAAUGGACUGGGAUAUGCUUUCCUUCAUUAGAUCUCUCAAAAGCAUGCUACGGUCUGCAAACGCAGUUGCUAUUAUUACAUUUCCAUCUUCCCUUCUUUCACCAUCCUUCUGUAAAAGAUGGCAGCACAUGGCAGAUGUGUUACUGUCUGUCAAAGCAAUCCCAGAUGAGGACAAGGAGUUGGGAAAACUCCUAACUGGUUACCAAGACAUGGUUGGCUUCCUUAAUGUGCACAAAAUAGCACGUAUCAAUACUCAGGUUCCCAUGAUUCUUGAGGCAACGACAUUCUCAAUAAAAUUGCAAAAGCGACGGUUUUUAGUUUUAGAAUGUCUAAAUCAAGCCCCUAUUGAUGGUUCAAGUGGGACUUCAUAUGGCACAUCUGGUGGCUGUUCUGGGUCCUCCAGAAGCGGUGCCCUUGAUUUUUAGCGGCAUUGCAUGUAGACCAACUGGCAAGUGCUUGUCAGAGCAACACUGAGAGUUGACAAGGAAUGAAACAGAAAAAUUGAUGGUCGUUGGAGGCAGAACACUCGAGGAUUCUCUUGUCAACUUAGGCAGUACAAUCAUCGAAUCAACUGUCUUGAACAGUAAACCAGCCUUGACUGCAAGAAAGUGGGUCAGUCUCUUCUGAUUUAUCCCUUCGGAUUUCAAUGAUCUGUUUUGCUGAUUGAAUUAUCCAAAAUGUUGGCAAUUACAGAACAACUGUAAAUUGAUCUUGUAGCUUUGUUUGUGUUAGUAGUACUGGUUUGGUUUGUAUUUCAAAACAGAGCGAUUCAUAGGUCGUUGGAGAAUACGAGAAAUUGCUUGACAAGUUGACAUCGUAGCUUGUCGAUUUGCUAA